AUGCAGGAUCCAAAUGAAGAUACAGAAUGGAAUGAAAUUUUAAGAGAUUUUGGCAUUCUUCCUCCAAAAGAAGAGCCAAAAGAUGAAAUUGAAGAAAUGGUUUUACGUUUACAGAAAGAAGCAAUGGUUAAACCAUAUGAAAAGAUGACUCUUGCACAGUUGAAAGAGGCUGAAGAUGAAUUUGAUGAUGAAGAUAUGAGAGCUAUUGAAACAUAUAGAGAAAAGCGGUUACAGGAAUGGAAAGCUCUUAAGAAAAAACAAAAAUUUGGGGAGUUACUAGAAAUUUCUGGAAAUCAAUAUGUGAAUGAAGUCACAAAUGCAGACAAAGAUGUAUGGGUUAUAAUUCAUCUGUACAGGUCAAGCAUACCAAUGUGUUUGUUGGUUAAUCAGCAUCUCGGUCUUCUAGCAAGAAAGUUUCCAGAAACUAAAUUUGUUAAAGCCAUCGUGAAUAGCUGUAUUCAACACUAUCAUGAUAAUUGUUUACCAACAAUUUUUGUUUAUAAAAACGGUCAGAUAGAAGGCAAAUUCAUUGGAAUUAUAGAAUGUGGAGGAAUAAAUCUCAAGAUGGAAGAACUUGAAUGGAAGUUAGCAGAAGUUGGAGCAAUACAGACUGAUUUGGAAGAAAAUCCCAAGAAAGGCAUUAUAGAUGUGAUGGUAUCUUCAAUAAGGAAUACUUCUAUUUAUGAUGACAAUGACAGUUCAAACAGUGAUGAUGGCAAUACCAAAUAG